UUAAAAUACUUCCAUAGCACACAAAAAUGGCAGAAAAUGGCAAAAAGUUGCAUAUUGCAGUAUUUCCAUGGCUAGCUUUUGGGCAUAUGAUUCCAUAUUUAGAGCUAUCAAAGCUCAUUGCUCGAAAGGGUCAUACAGUUUCCUUCAUUUCUACUCCUAGAAACAUCGAUCGUCUACCAAAACUUCCUCCAAAUCUUUCUCAGUUCUUGAAGUUCGUCAAACUUCCGAUGCCCCACGUGGAAAAGUUACCGGAGAAUGCAGAAGCCACUAUUGAUGUACCUUAUGAACAAGUCAAGUACCUUAAACUUGCUCAAGAUGGACUUGAAGAAUCAAUGGCUAAGUUUCUCGAAGAUUCAGCUCCUGAUUUUAUAUUCUUUGAUUUUACUUCUUAUUGGGUUCCUUCAGUUGCUUCAAAAUUCAACAUUCCAACGGCUUAUUUCAGCAUAUUCAUCGCCGCGUUUCUGGGUUUCGCCGGACCUGUGCCGGGAUUGAACAAUGAUUAUGAAAUUCGGAAGACGCCAGAGGAAUAUACUGUUCCACCGAAAUGGGUGUCGUUUGAGACCACUGUUGCAUGGAAGCUGUUUGAAGUUUCUCGAAUCUUCGAGGCAUCCAUGGAGGGUGAUGAAGAGAACAUUGCUGAUAUUACUCGUUUCUAUAAAUCUGUGGAAAAUUGUGAUUUUUUUCUUGUGAGGAGUUGUUCUGAAUUCGAACCAGAAUGGUUGAAAGUUAUUCAAGAUAUUCACCGGAAACCAGUUUUUCCGGUGGGUCAACUUCCGACAACGACAUAUGAAGAUGAAACCACGAAGAUCAAUGCAUGGAGAGAGAUAAAAUUUUGGCUCGAUAAGCAAGAAAAGGGAAGAGUGAUCUAUGUAGCGUUUGGUAGCGAGGCAAAACCGAGUCAAAAUGAACUCACUGAGUUAUCACUCGGGUUAGAACUUUCCGGAUUACCAUUUUUCUGGGUUUUGAGAACUAAAAGAGGGGAAUCUGAUGAUGAAUUGAUUUGCUUACCAGAAGGGUUCGAGGAACGAACAAAGGGAAGGGGAAUUGUGUGCACGAGUUGGGCGCCGCAGCUCAAGAUACUGAGUCAUGAUUCAAUAGGUGGAUUUUUGACUCAUUCUGGAUGGAGUUCGGUGGUUGAAGCAAUACAAUUUGAAAAGCCAUUGGUUCUAUUAACAUUCUUGGCUGAUCAAGGAAUAAAUGCUAGGCUUUUGGAGGAGAAGAAGAUGGCGUAUUCGAUACCGAGAAAUGAUCGGGAUGGAUCAUUCACUCGUGACUCGGUGGCUGAGUCGGUAAGUAUGGUACUCGUUAAGGAAGAGGGUGAGAUUUAUAGAAAGAAGGUUAAAGAGGUGAAAUAUCUUUUUUGCGACAAGAAAAGACAAGACAAUUACGUGAAAAAUUUAUUAAGUCAUCUUCAAAAUUAUAAGAAAACUAGAACAUAAAAUGAGUCGAUUUGCUUGCAUUUUUCAAUAAUUGUGAUUUCAGAUCAAUUUAUGUACCCCUUAGAUUAUUUUAUCAGAUUAUCAAUUAUCUCCAUGAGUAAGCGAUGGUUCUUUUUUCUUUAAAA